AUGGUCUCCUUCAAGAACAUCCUGGCCACUGCCCUCUUGGCCUCUUCCGUCAUCGCCGCCCCCACCGGCAACAUCCAGAAGCGCUCCAGCGGCAAGCGUGGCGCCGCCUACAAUGACGCCUCGACCGUCCACGCCCUCAACAGCAAGGGCACCAUCUCCUGGGCCUACGACUGGAACAUGCUCGCCGACGGCGUCCUGCCUUCCAACGUCGAGUUCGUCCCCAUGCUCUGGGGUACCAAGAUGUUCGGCGGCUGGCUCACAGCCGUCCAGACCGCGCUCUCCAGCGGCAGCAGCUACAUCCUUGGCUUCAACGAGCCCGAUAUGGGAUCCCAGGCCGCCAUGAGCCCCUCCGACGCCGCCCAAUCCUACAAGGAGUACAUCACCCCCUACAGUGGCCGGGCCAAGCUCGUCUCGCCCUCGGUUACCAACAGCGGAGACGCCAGCCAGGGCCUCGGCUGGAUGGGCUCCUUCCUCGAGCAGUGCACUGACUGUGGCAUCAGCGUGCUCGCUGUCCACUGGUACGGUGAAUCAGCCGACGAGCUCAAGGCCUUCGUCAACAAGGCUACCGAGUUUGCCAGCCAGCACGGCUUGGAGAGCGUCUGGCUGACCGAGUUCGCGCGCAACAAGGAUGUCAACGGUAGUGGCUCUUCCAGCGACACUGCCAACUUCCUCAACGAGGUCCUCCCCUGGUUGGACUCGCAGAGCAUGGUCGGUCGCUAUGCCUACUUCAUGUGUGCGAAUAAUUACCUCGUUAGCGAUGGUGGACUUUCUACCGCUGGUGAGGCGUAUGCCUCUUAA